CCAAGUCAAGAUGGCGGCCUCAAUCAGGAAGUGAAAAAAACAAGCCCACUUGAAAAAAAUACAUUAAAACCACCGGUCUCUGUGUGAUAAUAAUACAAUUGUCAUUAAGAGCUCGGUGGAAGGUUACCAGGCAAAGAAAACGUUUUACAUUCUCGGGAUGGCUUUGCUGCGGCUGUGCUAGGUGUGCUGUAGGGACAGUGCGGUCCGGCCGCCAUGUUGUGUGUUCAGGGCGCGUGAGACCCAUCCGCUCUGCGUCUCCUGCCAUGGACGGGGAGGACUACCUGCACCCGGAGGGCCCGCAGCUGGACAGCGCCCCCUACAGGCCCGCCUCGCCGCUCAUGCACUCUGCAGCGGAGGAUCAGAUGUAUCCCUGUAGCUCCUGGGGUGUCCCGCAGCAGUCUGCGUACAACUUUCCCUAUUCUAUGCAAUCCACAAACCAGCAGUACCACUCGAGCGCCGCGUCGCUCGCCCGAUCGGAGACGUACAACGCUUCGCUUUUCCACGACGCCAGCGAGUCGCCUGGCCUCGGGUUCUCCCAGAACAUGGACUUCCCUCAGGAUUUCUCCAUUGAUGACCUCUCCAACACCUCGCUGGACUCCCUGUCCGAAUACGCAGACACCCAAAGCUUCCUCAACUCCGACAGCCUGACGCACGUACCCACCAUAUGGGACGUCAGCACGCACAGCACUGCACAGAACCAGCACGAGCAGAAUCCCAGCCAGUUUCAGGGUCUCGGCACUUUGGAGGAAAUCUCGGCCAUUAUCAACCCCCCGCCUUUGGGAGGAUACCAGAUUCCCACGGCCCACCAACGGCAGCCUGAGGAAGAGGAGGAUGCUGAUGAGGAAGAGGCAGAGGAGCUGGGACACGCCGACACAUAUGCUGAGUACAAACCAUCUAAAUCCACCAUAGGAAUCUCUCACCCGGAUAUCGUCGUGGAAACAAACACCCUCUCCAGCGUUCCGCCUCCUGACAUCACCUACACCCUGUCCAUCCCCGAGGCGACCGUCAGCCGCGGGCUGCUGUCGGCACUGCAGCUGGAAGCCAUCAUCUAUGCCUGCCAGCAACACCAGGUGAUCCUGCAGAAUGGGCAGAGGGCCGGGUUCCUCAUCGGCGACGGCGCGGGGGUGGGGAAGGGCCGAACGGUCGCCGGGGUGAUCUUGGAGAACUACCUGAAGGGGCGGAGGAAAGCUCUGUGGUUCAGCGUGUCCAACGACCUGAAGUACGACGCGGAGAGAGAUCUGAGAGACAUCGAGGCUCCCAACAUCCCUGUGCAUGCCUUAAACAAGAUUAAGUACGGUGACACCACUACCUCAGAGGGCGUCCUGUUCGCCACGUACUCCGCCCUGAUCGGCGAGAGCCAGGCCGGCGGCCAGCACCGGACCCGGCUGAAGCAGAUCCUGGACUGGUGCCGACCCGGGUUCGACGGCGUGAUCGUGUUUGACGAAUGCCACAAAGCCAAAAACGCCACGUCCACCAAGAUGGGCAAGGCCGUGCUGGACCUGCAGAACAAGCUGCCCCUGGCCCGCGUGGUCUACGCCAGCGCCACAGGUGCCUCCGAGCCAAAGAACAUGAUCUACAUGAGCCGGCUGGGGAUCUGGGGAGAGGGCACCCCCUUCAGGGCGUUUGAUGAAUUCCUGCACGCGAUAGAGAAGAGGGGCGUGGGCGCCAUGGAGAUCGUGGCGAUGGACAUGAAGGUGAGCGGGAUGUACAUGGCGCGGCAGCUGAGCUUCUCGGGCGUGUCCUUCCGCAUCGAGGAGAUCGGCCUGGACGACGACUUCAAGCUCGUCUACAACAAGGCCGCCCGCCUGUGGGCGGAGGCGCUGCUGCUCUUCUCGCGAGCAGCGGAUGAGCUGGCGCUGGUCUCCAGGAAGGCGCUGUGGGGCCAGUUCUGGUCCUCCCACCAGCGCUUCUUCAAGUACCUGUGCAUCGCCGCCAAGGUGCGCCGCCUGGUGGAGCUGGCCGAGAGCGAGCUGCGGCAGGGCAAGUGCAUCGUGAUUGGCCUGCAGUCCACCGGAGAGGCGCGUACCCGGGAGGUCCUGGACGAGAACGACGGACACCUGGACAGAUUCGUCUCCGCCGCAGAGGGUGUUUUCCAGUCUCUGGUGCAGAAGCACUUCCCCUCAGAGAAGCAGAAGAGAGAGAAACCAGCUGUAAACAAGAGGAAACGUAAACCUCGUGGUCGGCCGGUGAAGUUACCCAAACCGUGCCAGGAGGUCGGGGGUGUGAUCAGCAUCAGCGAUGACAGCAGUUCUGAGUCCGACGGGCUGGACAGCGACUCAAACUCCUCCCCCGAGUCCCUAUUGGACAACGAUGAUGUCAUAUUCGUCAACCACACCAGCCCCCACACCGUGAAACUAGAAGAAAUGAAGCAAGGGCUACUGAACAAGAUUUCGGAGCUGGGAAAGGAACUACCUCUGAACACCCUGGAUGAGCUGAUUGAUCGAUUCGGAGGUCCCGAGCAAGUCUCAGAGAUGACGGGGCGGAAGGGCCGGGUGGUGCGGCGGGACGGGGUGGUGCGGUACGAGUCGCGGGCGGAGCAGGGCACCAUCGACCACGUCAACAUCCAGGAGAAGAGCCGCUUCAUGUGCGGAGAGAAGCGGGUGGCUAUCAUAUCGGAGGCGGCCAGCUCGGGCAUCUCCCUGCAGGCGGACCGGCGGGUGAAGAACCAGCGGCGCCGGGUCCACAUGACCCUGGAGCUGCCCUGGAGCGCCGACCGAGCCAUCCAGCAGUUCGGCUGA